GGGCGCUGGAAUGAUCCCUCCGGCGGGGCCGCCGCCGCCACCACCGCCGCAGCGCCGCCCGCCCGCCCUCCGCACACAGGCCCCGGCCCCGGCCCCGGCCCCGGCCCCGGUCCCGGUCCCGGGCGGCCGCCGCCGCCGCUGCUCCGCGCUCGGGCCCCGCCGCCGGCCCCGGCCCCGCCGCUUUGUGCCGCCGCAGCGCCGCGGGGAGCGGGGAAGAUGAACUACCUGAACGUGCUGGCCAAGGCGCUGUACGACAAUGUGGCCGAGUCCCCGGACGAGCUCUCCUUCCGCAAGGGCGACAUCAUGACGGUGCUGGAGCGCAACACGCAGGGGCUGGACGGCUGGUGGCUCUGCUCCCUCCACGGCCGCCAGGGCAUCGUGCCGGGGAACCGCCUCAAGAUCCUGGUGGGCAUGUACGACAAGAAGCAGCAGCAGCAGCAGCAGCAGCAGCAAGCGGCCGGCACGGGGCAAGGACAGGCAGCGCCGCAGCCCCCGGUGCCGCAGCCCCCCCUGCCUUACCACCACCAAGGGGGCUACGUCCCGCUGUCGCCCGCCUCGCAGUACACCCCCAUGCACCCUGCCUACGCGCCCCAAGGGGACAAUGUCUACCUGAUGCCGGUCCCUAGCAAGGGACAGCAGGGCCUCUACCCGGGCUCGGCGCCCACCGGACAGUUUCCCCCGGCCCCGGCUAAGCAGCCGCCCGCCUACCCGAAGCAGACGCCGCCCCACGCCUUCCCCAGCCCCGGGCAGGAGAUUUACCAGGUGCCCCCGUCCCUGAGCCAAGCGGCGGACGCGUACCCCGUGGGCUCUGCCAGCCCCCCCCAGGAUAUAUACCAGGUCCCUCCCUCGGUGGGCCAGGCUCAAGACAUCUACCAGGUGCCCCCGUCUUUGGACAGCAGGAGCUGGGAAGGGCACAAGCCCUCGGGAAAGGUCCUGCUGCCCAGCCGCGUGGGGCAGGUGUACGUCUACGACUCGCCCAAGGGGGAGCAGGAUGAAUACGAUUUUCCCCGCCACCUGCACUCCUCGGGCUCCCAGGAGAUCUACGACGUGCCGCCCGUCCGCGGCGGGCUCCCCAGCCAGGUCAGCCAGGAGGUCUACGACACCCCCCCGAUGGCAGUCAAGGGUCCCAACGGGCAGGACCCGGGGCAAGAAAUCUACGACGUGCCCCCCAGCGUGGAGAAGAACCUGCACCAAACCGUCUACGACGUGCCGCCCUCCGUCAGCAAGGACGUGCCCGACGGCCCCGUCAGGGAGGAGACCUACGACGUGCCCCCCGCCUUCGCCAAGCAGAAAGCUUUCGACCCCACCCGCCACCCCCUUGUGCUCACGCAGCAGGAGCCCUACCUGCCCGAGGACGUCUACGACGUGCCGCCAGCGGCAGGGAAAUGCGCCCCCGAGCCCUCGCUCUCCCACGAGAUCUACGACGUGCCCCCCAGCCUCAAGAAGCUGUCGUCCUUCCCCUCCCAGGAGGUGUACGAUGUGCCCCGGGACCUGCACGGCCCCAGCAAGGGCUCGGUGGACACGGAGGGCGAGUACAUCUACGACGUGCCGCCGCAGGUGGACCGCGAGGCCAAGGCGGCUGACGGCAAGCGGCUCUCGGCCUCCAGCACGGGCAGCACCCGCAGCAACCUCUCCAGCUCCUCGCUGGACGUGGUGCCCGUGAAGGAGCCGGCCAAAGGGGCCGGCAAGGAGUUCUCCCUGGACUUGGACGCUGCCAUGGAGAUGCUGGCCAAGCUCCAGCACGGCAUCGGCGGCGCCGUCUCCUACCUCAUGUCCUUCAUCAGCGCCAACUGGCGCAGCGCUGAGCACAUGGAGGCCAACGCUGCCAGCAUCCGCGGGGCGGCGGAGGGCGUCCAGGCGGCUCUCCGGGACCUGCUGGAGUUCGCCCGGGGGGCGGUGGGCAACGCCGCCCAGGCCUCGGACCGCUCCCUCUACGCCAAGCUCAGCAAGCAGCUGCAGAAGAUGGAGGAGGUGUACCAGGCCCUGGGGAGGCACAGCCAGGCGCUGGACGCGUGCCACUGGGCUCCGAACGCUUUGGUGGGUGGCAAGCCGGGCACGGACGACUUGGAGCUCUUCGUCAUGUACUCGCGCGGCGUGCCCGACGACACCAAGCAGCUGGCCUCCUUCCUGCACGGCAAUGCCUCCCUCCUCUUCAAACGGACAAAGCAGGCGCCGGAGGGCAACGGGCACGGGCCCGCGCACCCCUCCGACAAGGCCAGCAGCAUCCAGUCGCGGCCGCUGCCCUCCCCGCCCAAGCUGCUGGCGCAGGAGUCGCCCGACGGCCCCUACGAGAACAACGAGAGCGGCUGGAUGGAGGAUUACGACUACGUCCACCUCCAGGGCAAGGAGGAGUUUGAGAAGACCCAGAAGGAGCUGCUGGAGAAAGGCAACAUCAUCCGGCAGAGCAAGGACCAGCUGGAGCACCAGCAGCUGAAGCAGUUCGAGCGGCUGGAGCAGGAGGUGACGCGCCCCAUCGACAACGACCUGUCCAACUGGAGCCCCCCCCAGCACUACGGCCCGGCGCGGGGCGGCGGCGCGCUGUGUGCCUCCGACCGCCAGCUCCUCCUCUUCUACCUGGAGCAGUGCGAGGCCAACCUCACCACGCUCACCAACGCCGUCGACGCCUUCUUCACCGCCGUCAGCACCAACCAGCCCCCCAAGAUCUUCGUGGCCCACAGCAAGUUCAUCAUCCUCAGCGCCCACAAGCUCGUCUUCAUCGGCGACACGCUGUCCCGCCAGGCCAAGGCGCAGGAGGUGCGGCACAAGGUGACGCACUACAGCAACCUCCUGUGCGAGAUGCUCAAGGAGAUCGUGGUCACCACCAAGGCGGCCGCGCUCCACUACCCCUCUCCCGCGGCCUCGAAGGACAUGGUGGAGCGCGUCAAGGACCUCGCCAACAGCACGCAGCAGUUCAGGAUGGUGCUGGGCCAGCUGGCGGCCAUGUGAUGGCCCCGGGAUGCUGUCCCCUCACGCCGUCCCCUCAACACGAGCCCCCUGCCCGAUGGAAAUGGACCUGUACAUAGACAAUACCACGCACUGGGGGCCCGGGGAUCCGCUCAUCCAAGGCUGAGUGGCCGUGGCCAUCAUCCCCCUUCCUCCUCUUCCUCUUGAGAUUGGUGUCAGAGCCAUGCCCGUGGUGCCGGGAGGCAACGGGUGGGCUGGGGGGCGGGAGGGGCUGGAGCCUUUGCAUUUUCCUCUCUCGGGUUUUGCUGCCCUACCAGCUGUAACCGAAACGCAACCUGACAUUGGUGCCUUCUGAACACUGGGGAAGCUUCCGACGGUUCCCGGAGCCACGGAGUCGCAGCCCCCACCCCAACUCAGCCCCCCCCGCCCCCCGGUCCCACAGCAGCAUAAAGAUUUACCUAGAAACA